AUUUAUGUUAUUUCCCUAAUAAAUCUCAGUUUAUGAUAACGUGUGCCUGCAUCAAUACGCGUCUUGUUUCUGCAUUUACUGAGAGAUGUACCAGCGAACUGUGUUAUUAUGUUUCAUAUUUUGUAGUUCUUUACAAACGUGUUCAAGCACAGAUAGCAUAAAAUAUGAAGGACUAAAAUUGGUUAUAGACAACGAUGCAGGCGGCGACGAUGCUAUUGCGAUUUUUGAAGCUAUUUUAUACGAAAAAUAUUUCAAUGGACCAAAAUUGGUAGCUCUUACUACUGGUAAUGGAAACACAUUCGAAGACAAUGUGGUGGUUAAUAACCAAAAGGUUUUGAAAGUCGCUGGUCGGCAAGAUAUCCCAAUCUACAGAGGUGCUAGAUCCUCGUUAGUCCACACACCCUCCACUAACGCGUACUAUGGAGUAGAUGGUCUUGGGGACACGGGAGAGAACGUCACAGAUUUGGGACCAGCCCAGGAAGAAAACGCUGUCAUGCGUCUCAUAGAACUGUCUAAGAUGCAUGAAGGUUGUCUCAUCAUAGUUACUAUUGGGACGUUAACUAACAUUGCUUUGGCAAUAAAAAUUGAUCCUCAAUUUUUGAAUCGACUGUCCCAACUCUAUGUUGCAGCUGGACAUAUUCACAGUGAUAUGCACCCACAACCAGAAUUCAACGCUUUAAUGGAUGCAGAAGCAUACCAUAUCGUUGUAAAGAAUGCAACUCCAGACAAAGUUACCGUCGUACCUUUCUCGCAGACUCAGAUAUUUCUGAAUUACACAAGAACUUGGAGACAGAAAACUCUAGGUGCUAUUGACAGUGAGGUCGUUAGAGCUAUGAACAAGUACGAACAGGUGUCUCUUCGAAGACCUGGAAGCAGGUGGCAAUCGCUGGACCCAUCGGCUGUCGCUGCUGCCAUCAAGUCAGAACUGGUUGAUGAGUAUAAGUACUCCCAGAACGAUAUCAUACUUUGCGGAGAUAAAAGAGGGAUAAAUACAAACACGAUUGUGGAAAAAGAACAUGCAAACGUCAGAAUGAUUUAUUCAAUGAAAGACGCCGAAUAUCAACAAUUUUUACUUGACCUUUUUGGACAAAAGUAAAAUAAAA